AAACGAACAGCAAGGAAUAAGAAAAAGAAAAAGUAGCAAAAAAGUGGAUUUUUUUUCUUGUACAUACCAAGAAAAAAAUCGAAACAAUUGAUAGUCGCUGUAAGCGGAAAAGAAAAUCACUAAAAAAAUACAAGUUUUAAUAGAUAAUUUUAACAAAAUUUAUUAAAAACAUUAACAACAAACAAUAAUCUUUAGGCAAAUUCUAAAAGUUUAAUAGAAAAACAACAAAAUAAACAAAAAUAAAAGAGAAGUUUUACUGUAACACAGUGUCAACUACUUGUUACCAGGAAGUGAAAAGGACGUAUAGACGAAGGAAAGGAAGGAAGGAUAGAGGAACCAACUUGCUGCCUGGCUGCCUGCGUAUUUGUGUGCGUGUGUACUAGAAAGUUUCGUCAGGAAUUUUUUAUUUGCUUUAGUUCCACUGGACUAUGUCUAAGCAUUUGUAUCAACAGAAUAAACUACAGUUAACAUAGCCAUGGCUGCGACGAGAAAGUUGCAAGGAGAAAUUGAUCGAUGUCUGAAAAAAGUAGCUGAGGGAGUGGAAACGUUUGAGGAUAUAUGGAAAAAAGUACACAAUGCCACAAAUAGCAAUCAGAAAGUAAUUGAAAAAUAUGAGGCCGAUCUCAAAAAGGAAAUCAAAAAGUUGCAACGGCUUCGCGAUCAGAUUAAAUCAUGGAUUGCAUCGGCUGAAAUCAAAGAUAAAAGUGCACUCUUGGAAAAUCGUAGGCUAAUAGAAACGCAAAUGGAACGCUUUAAAAUAGUUGAACGAGAAACGAAAACUAAAGCGUAUUCCAAAGAAGGUUUGGGUGCUGCACAAAAAAUGGAUCCUGCUCAACGUAUUAAAGAUGAAGCCCGCAAUUGGUUAACGAACUCCAUUAGUUCACUGCUAAUACAAAUUGAUCAGUAUGAAAGUGAAAUCGAAUCAUUGCUGGCGGGUAAGAAAAAACGUUUAGAUCGUGAUAAACAGGAUCGUAUGGAUGAAUUAAGAUCAAAAUUAGAUCGUCAUAAAUUCCAUGUAACCAAACUAGAAACAUUAUUACGUCUACUCGACAACGAUAAUGUUGAGGCCGAACAAGUAAAUAAAAUCAAAGAUGAUGUUGAAUAUUAUAUUGAUUCAUCACAAGAGCCGGACUUUGAAGAAAAUGAAUUCAUUUAUGAUGACAUUAUUGGCAUUGAUGUCGAUGUCGAAUAUUCGGGUACAGGUGUCUCACUUGGUAUUCCAUCAUCAGCAACUACAGACAGUAAUAAUAGUAAUGAAACCAGCGGCUCACCAAGUAGUAUAACAUCAGGCGGUAGUCCUGUACAAUCUCCAUUGCCGGCUCAGCAACAACAAAUGCAGCAGCAAGCCUCAAAUACUAGUGGCAGUGGUUCGGCAACGCAGCAACAGCAAAUUAAUUUGAAUUAUUCAAGCGAUUCUACAGCGGCAGAUGGUACGGCCAAGGAUAAGCAUAAUAAGAAUGAAAGUAAUGCCAAUAGUAAAACAAAGCAACCUGUUAAACCUACAGCGGUACGAGCGAAUAAUAAAACAUCUAGUGGUUCAACAGAUGUCCCCACGAGUAAAAUUAUUAGUUCAACACCUAGUAAAAAUCACCAUCAGCCCCAAACGCAGCAUGAACAUCAUCCUACACAACAGCAGCAGCAGCAACAACAACAGACGGCAGCAGCAGUUGUGGCGGCCGCAACAGCUUCUUCUGCUGCUAGUGGUAAUCAUACCUCGAACAACAUUAAUACAUCGGGAGCGCCGACAUUAGCAGCAGCAGUGGCGGCGGCAGCAGCGGCGGCAUCUACAGUUACAGUUCACAAUAAUCCUGCCGUACAACAACAUGCACCAGCGCCCACGUUACAAGGUAAUCCAUCAAUAGCAUCCGUUACAGCGUCCUCAGCAAAUUCCAACAACAAUUCAACACAACAAAUACAAGGCCAAUCUGUGAUUCAAGCUACACCGACAAUUGCAUUUUCAGCAGUUGCAAAACAUAAUACAUCACAUCUUGAAAAUGGCCCUGUACAUGGUGGCGCUUCUUAUGCUAUAGUUGGCGGCUCUCAGCAGCAACAAUUAUCAAAUCUUCAAGCGAAUUCCUCUCAUUUACAAAAUGCCCAUAAUACUUCCAAUAACUCGACAGUAGGUAGCAUUGCAAAUGUAGUACAACAAGGAGCAAAUCCUGCUAAUGUUAAUAAUUUGGCAGCAUCUGCAGUCAAUUGCAUUUCACCAAAUGGUAUUGCCGGUUUGCAACAAGCUCUGAACGCACAGCAACAAGUACUGGGUAUGGGAGCAAACAACAAUAAUAAUAACAAUGCCCGUGCAUCGCCAGGACUGCUAUCACCUAAACAUAUGAAUGGAUUACCUGUUACGAGUGUAGCUAAUAAUACCUCAUCUGUAGAUGCUAUCUCAUUGAAAACAAUGGCACAAGAAGCCAUUAAUCGAUCUGUAAUCGAUACAAAUAAUCUUUCACAACAACAAGCGUCUAGCCUCGAUAACAGACAACAACAACAGCAGCAACAAGUACUCCAACAGCAUUUUUCAUCAGAUACAACUGCCAAUACACAUCAACAACAACAGCAGCAGCAACAAACAAAUACCACAGCAGGUCUAGUUGCCGCCGUGACUGCAUCAACAAAUGGACCUACAACUCUUGGUGGCAAUUCAGCUGGUAAUAAUGGUGGCAAUGUUGGUCCUAUUGGUAGUAAUAUAAAUGCAUCAGCUUUAACAAAUGCUGCCGGUCAGCAGCCCAUAGGAGCAGGUGCAUCAUCUGCAGGAAAUAAGCAACAACAACAAUUAUCGCAACAACAGCAGCAGCCAACAAAUGAAGCCCACAUACCACCACUGUUAGGUGUGGCUCCAUUAGGUCCCUCGCCUCUGCAAAAGGAUCAUCAAUUACAAUUCCAAAUGAUGGAAGCAGCUUAUUAUCAUUUACCAACACCUAGUGAUUCGGAAAAACUAACAACAUAUUUUCAUCGAACACCAGUUCAAACGCCAGCACACUAUCCUCAGCAACAACUUCCAAUUUACGAUACAGUUGAAUUUUAUCAACGUCUAUCAACCGAAACACUAUUCUUUGUGUUCUACUAUAUGGAAGGUUCAAAAGCUCAAUACUUGGCAGCAAAGGCUCUGAAAAAACAAAGCUGGCGUUUUCACACAAAGUAUAUGAUGUGGUUCCAAAGACAUGAAGAACCAAAAAUUAUUAAUGAUGAUUACGAACAAGGUACGUACAUCUAUUUUGAUUAUGAAAAAUGGAGUCAACGAAAAAAGGAAGGAUUCACAUUUGAAUACAAGUACUUAGAAGAUAAAGAAUUGAAUUGAAAUACAAUCUAAACAAAUCAAUACGCGCUAUUGAUUUUGUCCUGGAAUGAUCUUCAACAACAACAACAAUUGCAUAAAAAACCAAGCGACUCCUACCCAAAACUCCCCAUGUAUAAAAAAGAAAAUUGCUUAAACAUACAACUGCUUUUUUUCUUGUUUAUUACUUCCCCACACAAUCAACAACCCCUUUACUUUUUUUUUGUUUCUUCCUAAUUUUUAAUAUAACUUUAUAUAUAUAUAUUUGCGACUUUAAAUGAAAAAGAUAUGAAAACAUUAAAAAACUACAUUUUUAAAAAUGAAAUCCGCCGAACCUUGUUCAUAAUUUUAUUUUAUUGUUUUGCUCUUUUGUUUUGUUUCUGUAAACACACACACACAUAUACACACAACUUUGUUGCAUAUUGGAACGAAGCAGUUUGUAAACAAAAAUACUGCUUCUUGAUUUUUUUUUCAUUGUUCUCUUAAACUCUCUUAUUACUGAAGUAAGCAAAAACUUGAGAAAAGUUGAAUUUUUAUAAAAAAAAACAAAAAAUUAAAAAAACUACUGAAAUUUUUUGCAAAUUCAUAUAAUGUUAGUUGUACUCAUUUUUUUCUUAUUAUUUUAUUUUUCAUUUUUUAUUUUCUUAAAAUUAAAAAAAUUAUAUUAUAAAUAUGAUAAAUUCGAAAAAAUUUAAACAAAAAUGGGUUUUAUUUUAUAAACAAAAAAACAAUAUAAACUAUUCGAAAUUAUGGAUUUUCUGGUAAUUUUUGCUAAAAGCAUUUAUACACUAGGCCACAAAAGUAUUAAAAUUUGUAAGAAAAAAAAAAUUCACAUCUAUCAUAUUCAUUCGGCCGAAAGUAUUACUUAAAAUCGAACAACUCAACCAUGAAAUGUUUUUUUUUUUUUCAUCAAAAUUUAGCACUCCUACAACUUAAAAAUCUAUAAUAAUAAAGAAAUUGCCCAUAUUUUAAGUUUUUAAGAAAAUUGUUUUCGCGUUUAUUUGUUGUUCAACACUUUUUUAGAGAUGUGCAUUUUGACGACUCUAUAUUAGAGAUGUAACAUAAACAUAACACAUCAGUGUGGUUAACCGUUAGUUUUUCAAUGAAUUAUUUGAUAAUUAAUGUUUGUUCUGCUGACAACUUGGAAGAAUUGUAUUCUUCAACAAUCAUUCUCCCAUAUUCAACGAAAUUUUAAGAAAAAUAAAUUUCAGUUCAUUUCAAUGUUACAUUUAAAGUUAAUUCCAAUCGAAAUGCUGAUUAACAAUGAUGUCAAUUGGAGAAACUUUUGAAUCGCAUUAAAAUGCAGAAUAUGUACGAAUACAUUUCAUCUAGAUUCACAUGCAACUUUUGUGGAUUAGUGUAUAGUACUUAUUAUAUAAGUAUGGAUGUAUGUAUAUGUUAAUACCAGAAUAGGAUCGAAAACAAACAUAUAAAAGAAAAAUCUAAUAAUAUACUAGAUAAAUAGAGUUAAUUGUGAUGCUUAUCGCAAGUAAAUACAAAAUAGCGGUCAAUCGUAUUAAAAAAAUAUAUAAUUAAGCAAUUAGUGGACAACUUAAUACUCUAACAUUUUGUUAUAUUGCCAUAGUAGUGAUUUUUGUACAGGUUAGUUAGGUCCAAACUCUUGGUUACCAAAACGAUUAUUAAGACAUAUAUUUUUAUUAGAUUUUUUAAACAAAAUAGCACAUGAAAGUAAACAUACUCCAUCACCUAAAGAAAUUAAAAAUUUUGUUAAACGAACUUAAGCUUUUCUUUUAGUUUUAAUUUUAUCGAAAAAAAAAUCUUCAUGCCACUCACUUAUAUUCGUAAACAUAAUUACAGAUGUUAAAAAUGUAAUUUAAAUUAAAAUAAAAACACAAAAUAUUUUGCAUAGUUUCAAAAAAUCACUCGUUAUUUAUAACUUAAACAAUUAGAUACAAAUAGUGUAUGUUUUCUAUUUUUCUUACAAAAAAAUAGAAAAUAUUAAAUAUCUACACAUUUUUGAGCUACAAAUCGUUAAAAUAUUGCUAAAUACACCGAAUUUUAUUUGAUUUAAAUUCACUUACAGUUUAAAUUUAAUACGUACUAUUAAUUAAUAAAUAAUAAAUAUUAAUGUGUAUUUAAAACGCUUUUAGCGUUUUUUGCUAAAUCGUAUAAGAAUUAUAUAUACAUAAAAA